AUGUCAGUCCUCCACGCAUUCUGGCAGUACCGCCGUGCAUACUGGCUCGCGUUUGUCGCGUACUGGGGCAUCGUUCUCUUCGGAUACGAUACCGGUGUUGGUGGCGGAGUCGUCACGCAGAAGUUCUUCAUUUCCGAGUUCGGUCUCUCGGGAAGCAAGCAGCGUCAGGCGGAUCUUUCGUCCAACGUCGUCGCUGUUCUCCAAGCCGGCGCCUUCUUCGGUGCCCUCGGUUCUGCACCCAUCUCCGCUAGGAUCGGUCGCAAGUACACGCUCCUCGCCUUCUCUCUGCUCUUCGCCGUCGGUGCCGCACUCCAGACCGCCGCCACACCUUCCCUCGGUCUCGGUACCAUCUAUGCCGGUCGUAUCAUCUCUGGUAUCGGUAUCGGUGCGAUCUCCGCCGUCGCUCCCGCCUACGUGUCCGAGUGCGCUCCCAAGGAGCACCGUGGCCGUAUUACGGGCUUGUUCCAGAUCAUGGUGGCUAUCGGUGUCAUGCUGUCGUACUUCAUCAAUUUCGGCGUCAGUCUGCACAUGGCCCAUGAUGCCCGCGUGUGGCGGGUUCCCUUCGGCUUCCAGCUGGUCCCGUGCGGUGUGAUGUGUCUAGGUCUUCUCUUCGUUAGGGAAUCGCCGCGUUGGCUGGCGUCUAAGGGCCGCAUGGAGGAGGCUAUCGUCAACCUUGCGUACUACCGCGACCUCGAUGUGGACUCGGACUACAUCCGCAGCGAGUUUGCUGAGAUCGAGGCUGCACUCGACGAGGAGCGCCGUGCCCGCGAGGGUCUCGGCUGGAAGGAGGCCUUCAUCGGGAAGGGCAACUGGCCCCGCUUCCUUAUCGCCUUCGUUAUCUUCACGCUCCAGCAAUGGUGUGGUCAGAACUCAGUCUCGUACUACGCGCCCACCAUUUUUGCAUCGAUCGGUUACACAGGCACGUCUCAGUCGCUCCUCGCAUCCGGUAUCUACGGUAUCUGCAAGGUCGUCGCAACGUCGAUCUUCAUCUUCUCGAUGUCGGACACUCUGGGUCGUCGCCCGUCGCUCAUGAUGUCCGCAUUCGGCAUGGGUUCGCUGUUCUUCAUCAUCGGUGCCCUCCUCAAGUCGUUCCCGCCGGACCCUAACGCCGCCAACCCGCCGACCGCAUCCAAGGCUAUGGCCGCCAUGCUGUACAUCUACGUGUGCUUCUACUCUAUGGGCUGGGGUCCUCUCCCCUGGGUGUACGUCUCCGACAUCUUCCCGACCCGCACCCGUCACUACGGUCUCGCGCUUGCCUCCGCGUCGCAGUGGCUCUGGAACUUCGUUGUUACCAAGGUUACGCCCACCAUCCAGCUCAACCUCGGCUACAAGAUGUUCUUCCUCUUCGCGUCGAUCAACAUCGGUGGCAUGCUUGUCUUCUCGUACAUCCUGCCCGAGACCAAGGGAAGGUCGCUGGAGGAGAUGGACGUCAUCUUCGGUGCCGCCGACGCUGCGACGCGCCAGGCCGACAUUGCGAAGAACGAGCGGGAGCUUGCCCACGGCGAGACCUCUUCCUCGCGCUCCGACAACCUCGACGAAAAGGUUUAA